AUGGUGCGCCUGGCGGCCGAACUACUGCUGCUGCUUGGGCUGCUGCUGCUCACGCUGCACAUCACGGUGCUGCGCGGUUCCGGAGCCACCGACGGGCCGGACGCUGCUGCGGCCAACGCCAGCGGGCCCCAGCUCCAGAAUAACCUCAACAUGGAAACUGAUUCCACAUCAGAAACCAACUUCCCCUUCUCCAAAGCAGCAGCAGGGGAGCAACCAGACCACCAGGCUGCACACCAACCCUUCCCCAGACAGCGAUUGCACCAGGAGCAUGGGCACCCUUCACUGCAAAGAGAUGGCCCCAGAUCCUUUCUCCUUGAUCUACCAAACUUUCCAGAUCUUUCCAAAGCUGAUAUCAAUGGACAGAAUCCAAAUAUCCAGGUCACCAUAGAGGUGGUCGACGGUCCAGACUCCGAAGCAGAUAAAGACCAGCAGCCGGAGACUAAGCCCAGCUGGUCAGUCCCAUCCCCCGACUGGCGGGCCUGGUGGCAGAGGUCCUUGUCCUUGGCGAGGGCAAACAGCGGGGACCAGGACUACAAGUACGACAGUACCUCAGACGACAGCAACUUCCUCAACCCCCCCAGAGGGUGGGACCGUCCGGCCCCAGGCCACCGGACUUUUGAAACCAAAGAGCAGCCAGAAUAUGAUUCCACGGAUGGUGAGGGUGACUGGAGUCUCUGGUCUGUCUGCAGCGUCACCUGUGGGAACGGCAACCAGAAACGGACCCGAUCUUGCGGCUACGCAUGCACUGCAACGGAAUCUAGGACCUGUGACCGUCCCAACUGCCCAGGAAUUGAAGACACUUUGAGGACAGCAGCCACUGAAGUGAGCCUGCUUGCGGGAAGCGAGGAGUUUAAUGCCACCAAACUCUUUGAAGUUGACACGGACAGCUGUGAGCGCUGGAUGAGCUGCAAAAGUGAGUUCUUAAAGAAGUAUAUGCACAAGGUGAUCAACGACCUGCCCAGCUGCCCCUGCUCCUACCCCACCGAGGUGGCCUAUAGCACGGCGGACAUCUUCGACCGCAUCAAGCGCAAGGACUUCCGCUGGAAGGACGCCAGCGGGCCCAAGGAGAAGCUGGAGAUCUACAAGCCCACAGCCCGAUACUGCAUCCGCUCCAUGCUCUCCUUGGAAAGCACCACGCUGGCCGCCCAGCACUGUUGCUAUGGCGACAACAUGCAACUCAUCACCAGGGGCAAAGGGGCGGGCACACCCAACCUCAUCAGUACCGAGUUCUCGGCGGAACUCCACUACAAAGUGGACGUCCUGCCCUGGAUCAUCUGCAAGGGCGACUGGAGCCGGUACAACGAGGCGAGGCCGCCCAACAACGGGCAGAAGUGCGCAGAGAGCCCCUCCGACGAGGACUACAUCAAACAGUUCCAGGAGGCCAGGGAGUAUUAG